AUGUCGUCAAAUUCAACACAGACCCGAUGUUAUCCCGAAGAUCACUUAUUACUUAUGGGGAAUCUGGAAAAAUACAUUAAUAAUUACAUCUUUCCUAUACAAUUUCUGAUAACCGUAAUUGGAAAUCUGCUGACGAUGUCCGUACUGCUCAGUGCUCACAUGAAAAAUAGGGCAAAUCAUAUACUGGCUUGCUUAGCUUUAUGUGAUAUUUUGGUUUUCGUCAUGAUGUUUUCACAUUAUCUCGCCUCCAUCGACUUCUUUUCUCAGAGUGUUGAUUUUCGAUUAUUUCAUUUUCAUACAAAAGUUCAUUUUGCUGCUCUCACAAAUUGGUUUUCGGCUGCAGCCAUUUGGUUCAUUCUGGCUGUUUCGAUAGAACGUUUGAUGAUCAUUAAGUAUCCUUUUAGGUCAUUAGAAGCUUACAACAGUAAAAGAGUCUUCCUACUGACAUCAUCCAUAUUCACAUUGACAUUUAUUCUAACGAGUUACCAUCACGUAUCUCAUACCUGUUUAUCAUGGAUCGUUUGUAAUGAAACUCAGGCAGUUGGAAUAUGCUUUCCAAAUGUGAUGGAUUCAUUUGGAAGAAGGCCAAAUCCAACAUCUUCUUUAGUAAAAACAUGGAUAAACAUUUCUAUUUAUUUGAAUGCCGGUUUUGCUGUUCUAUUGCCAAUCAUUGCAGUAGCUAUCAUUAAUAUAUCUUUAAUACGUCUACUUAAAAGACGAAAUAAUGAGGAAUUAAUAUUGAAUAAUGUUAAUAUGAACACAACGACAUUGCAUGAACAGGAAAAGAAAAUGACAAACACUGUGUUGGCUAUCGUAUCGUGUUUUUCGUUAACUCAAGGACCGUCAGCUCUAGUUUUUACUUUACAUCGAUUGUAUCCAAAUGCUCCAGUUAUGAGAGAUAUUUCCAUUAUUGCAAAUCAAUUGGUCUUGACGGGAAAAAUGCUAAAUGUGGUUUUAUUCUGUUUAACAUCUGAGAGUUUCCGCAAAAAAAUGAUGCACACCUGCAGAUGCUGGAUGCUCAUGAUCUUCUAUUGCGAUCGUUCCAAAGCUCGAUGGCGCAUAUCUCGGGAACAGUCAAAAUCCAUAGUGACGCAAAAGACAUCCAUCGUGUAUUCUCCAUCUGGACGAACACGACGUGUAUCAGCUUUAUCUGAUUCCAUUUCCAUGAGAACGCAAGUUCAACGAGAAAUUGUUGAUUCUCCUUUGGUCUCGUCCAGAAGUCAGCAAUCUUAA